AUGUACAAUUCUAAUUUUGAGGGAGAACAUAUCAGCGAUUUCUCUGGCGGAUUUGCCUUUGCAGUGAUUGAAAUACACUUGUUGCGAAAGGUUACUUUACACAUAUGUGAUGCAAGCAUAAAAGCCUACGCUGCGGUGGCCUACAUCCGGUCAGAUGUAAGCUCGCAAAUAUCUUGUUCACUUUUGGCUUCGAAAACUCGCGUUGCGCCAUUGAAGCCCAUUUCCAUACCCAGGUUGGAGCUGUUAGCUGCUGUUUUGGGGCUUAGGCUGUCAAAUGUUCUAAGCUAUGAACUGUCCAUUACAGUAAAUCGCAGAGUAUUCUGGACAGACUCCAAAAAUGUGUUGUUUUGGCUGCGUUCGAGCACAAGAAAAUACCAUGAAUUCGUGGCGCUGAGAAUCGGAGAGAUCCUCGAGAGUUCUGCUAUUAGGGAAUGGAGGUGGCUGCCAUCUGGUGAGAAUAUUGCGGACGAAGGCACUAAAUGGAGCAGCAACCGAGAAUUCGACGACAACCAACGCUGGUUCAGUGGACCUAAAUUCCUACUAGAACGAGAAUCAAGCUGGCCAAUUAUACAAUUUCCAGAUGAUGACGAAGAGACAGUUGAGGUUCUACAGCAUAUAGAUUUCGCUAACAACUCAUUGGGUACGACCGCAGAAAUAACCCCGGAUGUAAAAAGAUUUAGUACAUGGGAGAAGCUUCGCAUUGCGCAUCGGUUUGUUUUACGUUUUCUACGAUUGGUUACGAAGGGAAAGCCACGUUCUCAGUUUCUUCAAAAGCUACUCAACCCAGAUAACAUAGAGACAGCAGAGCUUGCAAUUAUGCUUAAUUGUCAAAGCGAGGUGUUCCAUGAAGAGAUUUGUCGUCUGCGUAAUGGUGAGGAAAUUAAUCGAAAAUCUUUUCUUUUCAAGUUCUCCCCAUACUUAGACCAGAUUGGCCUGCUGCGAGUAAAAGGUAGAAUUGAUGCUGCUGAGGGUGUUACCAUUAAUGUCAAGCGUCGACUACUCGUCGACAUCUAUCACAGGAAAUUUCACCACCAUCACAACGAGAUCGUCGUCAACGAGAUGAGGCAAAGGUUCUGCAUCUCCGCCUUAAUAAGGCUGGUAAAAGAAUGUGCUGCAAAAUGUCAAACCUGCCGGAAUCGUAGGGCUUCUCAACAACCUCCUCAAAUGGGAGAUCUGCCAAUGGAACGUGUGUCACCUUUUACCAGGCCGUUCAUCUUUACAGGGGUUGACUAUUUCGGACCAAUGGACGUUGUAAUUGGCCGCAGGCGCAAAAAGCGGUGGGGUGCUUUAUUCACAUGCCUUACCACCCGCGCAGUUCACAUUGAAAUCUCACCUACUUUAUCUACCGAGUCGAUUUUGCUGAUUUUUAAACAAUUUGUGAGUCGCCGUGGAGUACCGAAGCGAAUUAUAUCGGACAACGGCACCAAUUUUCGCGGUGCUAGUGUACUUCUAGUAAAAAAAAUUGAAAGAAUAACGUCGGAUGAUAUAGAAAGGAAAUACCCCGAAAUUGAAUGGAUUUUUAUUCGCCCCGCUUCACCACAUAUGGGAGGGUCAUGGGAGCGCAUGAUACGUUCUACGAAAUCGAUUCUAAUGGACAUUCUACCAGAUUCCGGUAUGCGAGAGGAGGUGUUAAGAGCCGUUCUAGCCGACAUCGAAAACAUUUUAAAUUCAAGGCCACUGACGUACGUGCCGCUUGAUUCAGCCGAAGAUGAAACUCUUACGCCAAACCACUUUCUGACGGGACACUCUAGUGGUAUUCGAGAACUAACAGAUAAUACCAACUCUGGAUCGGCUCUACGGCAAAACUUUAAAAUUUCUAGCCUGUUGGCUGACCAGUUUUGGAGACGCUGGGUUAAGGAGUAUCUCCCCUGUCUUACCAGACGUGCAAAGUGGUAUCAGCCACCAGCAAACCCCAUCAAAUUGAACGACGUGGUGGUCAUCGUAGACGAAAACUCCAAGAGAAAUUCGUGGCCGAAAGGAGUAGUAAUAGAUAUGAAUUUUGGUAAAGAUGGCCAAGCUCGUAGCGCAGUAGUCAAGACAGUAAAUGGAUUAUGUACACGACCGAUAGUAAAGUUGGUAAAAUUGGACGUCGAGGUUGAAACACGUGGGGUAAACGUCAUGCAUAAAACCGCAUAA